UGGCGGGAUUUGGCGGCGGCUGAGGAGAGCGCCUCGCGGGCCGGAGCGGAGCGGAGGACGGCGAUGAGCUCUCGGCCGCGGCCAUGAGCGAGUUCCGCAUCCACCACGACGUCAGCGAGCUGCUCGGCCUGCUGCGUGUGCAGGGCGGCGACGGGGCUGAGGCCUACACGGACCUGCUGCAGAGGAACCGGACCCCCUACGUCACCACCACCGUGUCGGCACACGGUGCCAAGGUUAAAAUCGCCGAAUUCUCUCGCACUCCAGAAGACUUUCUAAAGAAAUACGAUGAACUGAGGUCUAAAAACACCAGGAGCCUAGACCCUCUGGUCUACCUGCUGUCGAAGCUCACGGAAGACAAAGAGACCCUGCAGUACCUCCAGCAGAAUGCGAAAGAGAGAGCUGAGCUCACGGCGUCGGCUGCAGCGGGCGGCGCCCCCAGCUUCGGUGCUGCCACCGUGUCCUCCAAGAUCUCCAUGCAGGAGCUGGAGGAGCUGAGGAAGCAGCUGGGCAGCGUGGCCAUGGGUUCCACCUUGCAGCAGUCUUUGGAACUUACAAGAAAGGUCCUUCGGGAAAAGCAGUACAAGAAGAACCUGGGCCAGCAUCUCCCCACCUUCCCAGCGUGGGUGUACGAAAGGCCCACACUGGCCGGGGACUUCCUGACCGGUUUGGGCCCAAGCACCGAUGUGGCUGUGCCAAUAGGCUCACUGCCCUUGGCCGCGCAGGAAGCGGCCGUGGUGGAGGACCUGCUGUACGUGUUGGUGGGGGUGGACGGCAGGUACGUCACUGCCCAGCCGCUCACCGGGAGGCAGGGCCGCACCUUCCUCGUGGACCCCAACCUGGACUUGUCCAUCCGGGAGUUGGUGAGCCGGAUCCUCCCCGUGGCGGCCAGCUACUCCACCGUGGCCAGGUUCAUUGAGGAGAAGGCCUCCUUCGAGUACGGGCAGGUGAACCACGCCCUGGCCGCCGCCAUGCGCACGCUGGUGAAGGAGUACCUGAUCCUGGUCACGCAGCUGGAGCAGCUGCAGAGGCAGGGCCUCCUGUCACUGCAGAAACUCUGGUUCUACGUGCAGCCGGCCAUGCGCACCGUGGACAUCCUGGCCUCCCUGGCCACGUCUGUGGACAAAGGUGAGUGUGUGGGGGGCUCCACACUCAGCCUGCUGCACGACCGCAGCUUCAGCUACACGGGGGACAGCCAGGCGCAGGAGCUGUGCCUCUACCUCACCAAGGCCGCCAGCGCGCCCUACUUUGAGAUCCUGGAGAAGUGGAUCUACAGAGGCAUCAUCAACGACCCGUACAGCGAGUUCAUGGUGGAGGAGCACGAGCUGCGGAAGGAGAAGAUCCAGGAGGACUACAACGACAAGUACUGGGACCAGAGGUACACGGUGGUCCAGCGGCAGAUUCCGUCCUUCCUGCAGAAGAUGGCCGGCAAGAUCCUCAGCACUGGGAAAUACUUGAACGUGGUCAGAGAGUGCGGUCAUGAUGUCACCUGCCCGGUGGCCAAAGAGGUCAUCUACACGCUGAAGGAGCGGGCGUACGUGGAGCAGAUCGAGAAGGCCUUCAACUACGCCAGCAAGGUGCUGCUGGACUUCCUGAUGGAGGAGCAGGAGCUGCUGGCUCACCUGAGGUCCAUCAAGCGCUACUUCCUGAUGGACCAGGGGGACUUCUUCGUGCACUUCAUGGACCUCACAGAGGAGGAGCUCAAGAAGCCGGUGGCUGAUAUCACCCCCACGCGGCUGGAGGCGCUGCUGGAGCUGGCGCUGCGUAUGAGCACCGCCAACACCGACCCCUUCAAGGACGACCUCAAGAUCGACCUCAUGCCUCACGACCUCAUCACGCAGCUCCUGCGCGUCCUGGCCAUUGAGACCAAGCAGGAGAAGGCCGUGGUUCACGCAGACCCCACCGAGCUCACACUCACGGGUCUGGAAGCCUUCUCUUUCGACUACGUGGUCAAGUGGCCUCUGUCCCUGAUCAUUAACAGGAAAGCUCUGACCCGCUACCAGAUGCUCUUCCGACACAUGUUCUACUGCAAGCACGUGGAGCGGCAGCUGUGCAGCGUCUGGAUCAGCAACAAGGCUGCCAAGCAGUGCUCACUGCACUCCGCCAAGUGGUUUGCGGGGGCCUUCACGCUGCGGCAGCGGAUGCUCAACUUUGUGCAGAACAUCCAGUGCUACAUGAUGUUUGAGGUGAUGGAGCCCACCUGGCACGUCCUGGAGAAGAACCUGAGGAGUGCCUGCAACAUUGACGACGUGCUGGGCCACCACACGGGUUUCCUGGACUCCUGCCUCAAAGACUGCAUGCUGACCAACCCGGCGCUGCUCAGGAUCUUCUCCAAGCUCAUGUCCGUGUGCGUCAUGUUCACCAACUGCAUGCAGCGGUUCACAGAGAGCGUGAAGUUGGACAGUGAGCUGGGCCGCCUGACGCUGGAGCACGGCACCAUGCUGGGGCCACCCACGGAGGCCGAGCGGGUGGAGGAGCACACGCGGAAAGAGCUGGCCCGCAAGCACCUGGCCGAGCACGUGGACGCACCCCAGCUGGCCUCCAGCUUCGAGGCCACCAUCAACAGGUUUGACAAGAACUUCUCUGCACACCUGCUGGACCUCCUGACUCGGCUGAGCGUGUACAGCACCAGCGACUGUGAGCACGGCAUGGCCAGCGUCAUCUCCAGGCUCGACUUCAACGGCUUCUACACGGAACGUCUGGAGCGUCUGUCUGCCGAGCGCAGCCAGAGCGUGCCUCCCCACGUGCCCGGUCCCCGGGGCCCUCCGGCACCUACCCCCAGGGUGGCUGUCACUGCACAGUGAGCCCCCAGGUCCGGCUGCUUCCUGGCCUGGGCCCCAAGGGGCUGUGAACCUGCCAGCAGGAAGGAGUGACCUGGGCUCUGCGGGCGAAGCUCCUUCCAGGGGCGUCUCCUGACGCUGUUUGGUGAGCUUGGAGGGGCCAAUAGGGCUGCCCCCCUCCCGUGCCCUUGCCUGCCAGCCCAGAGCCUGUCUCAGAAACCACACUCUCACUUGUCUGUAUGUUUGCCUUCAAAUAAAGUCAGAGUGAAAACA